UUUACCCUGCAGCCAAACCCCCACUUGUCUUCGCAAUGAAAAAUUUCAGCAAUGCCAAUUUCAGCAAGCUUGUAGGGUUUUGUAUUUCAUAGAUGAAGGUCUAAACUUUUGUUGGUUAAGCGAGUGGAUUAGUCAGCCAGAGUGGCUCAACGACGUCAAUUGCAAUCCCCUCGAUAUCCCCUUAUUUUACGACAUGUUAUAUGUUACUCUGAUGCUUUGUGCCAUGCGACUCAAAUAUGCGCAACAGCCAAAUGAAAAAAGUAUCCGAGUUGAGAUCGACAAAAGCGGGAAACCUGGGCCAACGAGCACAUGUAAAAUACAUCAUCACCGUCCUCAUGGGAUGGAGCCAAAUCGUAUCAGUUGUUGACCAAUUGCUCUGACCUACCAAUGCCACGGUCAAAUUUCCGAAAUUCCCCAGCGCUUACAGGAUGCCAAAAUUCAUCAAAUCAAAAGCAACUUUUUCCUCGUGAAGAUUUUUGAAAUUCCAAAAUGAAGACAUUCGUUGGUGUAUAGCAAACCUUCAUGUGGAGCAACUUUGACAAACUAUAAGAUCAUCAACCUCCUGCUGCAGCAGCAGUGACGGCUGGCCGUCCCCUUGGCUGAAAAGUUUGGUAUCCCAGUCAAAGCAGACCGUCCUUGCUUCAACGAUCAACUAUCACAGAGCCCUUGCCUCCACGCCAAAAUCAAACAAAUAUUAAUCAGGUUCGCCGCGGCUCCCCGCAGCCCCAAAAGUCCUGACCUCAGGAUGGCGCAAAAGAUCCCUGAGGAGGCCCAUGACCGUAUGCUAUCGAAGACAUUGGAUCCAACGGGACAACUAAUGAGGAUAGAAAAUAGCAACCUAAGCGACACGAUGGCUUUUUCCCUCGUUACUGUACGCCGCUCCAGCCAAACUCCGACUGGGCAACAGAGCAAGGGUCAGCGUCAAGAAGUGCACAAAUCCAACCGGCCCGGGCCCGUGGCCUCCGCUAGUGCGAUUGAAAGAACAGGACGAUACAUCCGUAUCGUAUAUGUCAACCUGGUAAUGUAUUGUAUUGUUCCGUAAGCAUGUCGUUUUACUUCGCCAUACCGAAUGCUUGCUUUUUCUUCUAAACGGUUGAUCGUUACUAGUUCGAAAGAAUUGUAUGCUUGAGAGUUGCAUUGAUGGUCCACAAAUACUGAAGAGAACACAUUCAAAAUAACCCGGAAUUCCAGCCAAUCAGCAAAUUUUAAGCAGAACAUAUUCCUCAGGCG